AAGCUAGACAUUGCUGUCACUGCAGUGAUGUACGAUAUGAUCUGUAUCUCAUUGCCAUCAGAAGUUUAGAUGAAAAUCACUGUUUGUGAUGAUGGAGCCUAGCAGCUGUGCUGGCUCAGAGUUAGAACCUGCUAUGAUGGUUUGUCGAGCUCAAGUCUCUGAAAAUGUAGCAGUCAGAGUGAGGCUAGCUGGCAGAGUUUUCACAGUGGACAAAACCCUCCUGGAGGACAACUGCGAAUACUUCCGGGCGCUUUUCCAAUCAGGAAUGAAGGAAUGCCAGCAGGAGGAAAUUUGCCUUCAGGUAGUGACUGCUCAUGGCUUUCUUUUGGCACUUCAGGUGAUUCAAGGUGAGAGACCUAUCCUUGAUUGUGAUGAAAUUGUUGAUGCUAUAGAGUGUGCUGCCUUCCUUCAGGUGAAGCUUCUUGUUAAACAUAUUGUAAACAACAUUAAUUCUGAUAACUGCCUCCUCAUCUAUCACUCAGCUUUUACUUAUGGCUUAUGGGAACUGUUCAAAAAUGCAGCUUUGUUCAUUUGUGAUAUGUACCAAGACCUCAAGGAGGACGUACAGUGCCUGCCAAAGGAACUUACUGAUUACAUUGAAUCUCUUAUUCCUAGUACAUAUGUUAUCAUUGGGACUCACUCACCCACCAUUAAGCUGCUUCAAGACUUUAUGAGGACAGUAUGUUACCUCGAUGAGGAUGAGAAUGACUGGAAAGUUCUCACUCACCUACCACUUAACACUAGCACCACCAUGGCUGGGGUUACAGUCCUUGAUAACAAGAUCUUCAUUGUUGGUGGUGUGUAUGACAUCAGCAAUAAAGUUGUAGACUCUGGUUUCUGUUAUGAUGUGACCUCAGAUACCUGGACUACAUUUUCAAGCCCACAACAGCUCCGGUAUAACUGUACCCUGGUGGGACACGAAGGCUCUCUUUAUGUGCUUGGUGGAGAGUUUGAAAGAUCCAUUAUGUCAUCUGUAGAAAAAUACAAUGUGUCCACAGACACAUGGAGCUUUGCUGCUCAUCUUCCAAGACCUGCUUCUGCUGUAGCUUGCACCAAGACCAUGGAUAGGCUAUUCAUCUGUCUGUGGAAACCAAAAGAUGCUACUGAGAUCUACGAAUACGUAGUUGACAAGGAUGAGUGGAGUCUAGUGACCACACUGAUAAGACGUCAAAGUUAUGGGCAUUGUAUGGUGGCGCACAGGGACAAUUUGUACAUGAUAAGGAAUGGGCCAUGUGAUGACUUCUUGAGAUGCAUGAUAGACUGUUAUAACCUGACCUCAGGUCAGUGGACAGCCAUGCCUGGACAGUAUGAAAACAGCAAAGGAGCUUUAUUCACAGCAGUGGUGAGAGGUGAUUCUGUUUUUACGGUAAACCGCAGAGCAACGGUGGAGUAUGCCAUUGAGGACAGCAAAUGGAGGACAAAAAAAGAGAUGACAGGAUUUCCAAGAAUUGGCUCCAUGUGGACUUUUCUCUUGAGACUGCCAAAGAAAACCAAAGAACUUCUGGGAAAGGAAGAUUUGACAAAUGGCCAAGUUUUUACUGCAUCCUCUCACGUCCUUCCAAGACUCCACCAACCUGCUCUGGGCUCCGAUGGCCUGUUUUCUGCAGGGCAAUGAUGGCUGUCCGUAAAGGGUAUCCAUGCUCCGUCACGGCCUCCAAGAGCUGCUGUUCUUCAGGGCUGAGAGCUGAGAGCAGUUCCACAGAGGAGUCAUGGACUGUUGCAUGGGAAUCAAGGGACCGUGUAGGGGUCAGGGGCAUGUUGGAGUUCAGGCCUGGUGACUGAAGGGAAAACACUGGUUUGGAAAGUCAGUUUCCGUGACAGAGGAGAAGAAAGGAAACUGCACUGUUGCCAAGAAAUUCACAAUCGAAAAAUGUAUGUGACACUGCUGAAGUGCUACUUUUUAUUUUAUUCUUUCAACUUUAAUUAGUUGUAUUUACAAUUAAAUGUGCCUAUUUUAAAAUGGCCCUAUUACUGCUAUGUACACUGAUCAGCCAUAACAU